AUGGUUCAUUGCAUCAACAACAUUCGAGAUUUAGACGAUCUGAUCCGUUCACAAGCUGCACGUGGCAAUACAAGAAGACACACAGGCUCCUUAUACGAGAUUUCAUUACCGUCGAAUCUUUCCGACAUUAAAGCAUCGGUUGUUGCGGUCCGUAACAGUAUGUUCUGGAGAAAAGGAGCAAACUUUACCGGAAUCUACAUUCCUCCGAUGGUUAAAACGACGCCGUACGCUAAGAGAAUAGCUUUUGUCUACGAGAGUUUCGGUGAUAGUGCUUCGUCGGUAUAUUUCCGGUUAUCUGAUAAUAAUUACUCGUUUGUUUCUCCAGUUAAGGGAUUCACUGUUUACGACGCUACGAACACGAAUGAUCUCAAAAAAUUGAAUCUUUCCAUAAAGAGAGAUAAUCCAAUCUUGAUCAAAUUCGAUUAUCGAGGAAGAAGAAACAUCAAAUGUGGCACCUUUGGAGAUAAUGGGUUGAUGAGUCUAAGCAAUACGACACGGAGUUACGAGUGUGUCACUACGAAUUCUCGUGGGCAUUUCGUGCUUGUGGUUCUAAACCAGAAACACAAAACUAAACCGGAGUCGGUUAGGAGGAAGUGGUGGUGGUUUGGUUUAGCGGCGAUUGGAAUAUUGGUUAUGGUUGUUUUUGUGAUUGUUGGUGUGGUGAAGUUAGUGAAGAAGAAGAGGUUAAGAGAGAUGGAAAGAGAGUCGGAGAAGAGUGAGAUGAUCGGAAAUGUUUGGAUUGGUCGGAGUAGAAUGCCCGCGGCGGCUAUGGUUAGAACUCAGCCUAGUUUGGAGUUUCAUGAAGAUCUUCCUUCUUCUUCUUCUAAUAUGCCUUAA